AUGGGUGCCAACUGCCUCGCGCAGACCAAUGCACUCUUCAGGAAGAAUCUCGUGAUCCAGAGGCGCAACCACAGGUCGAAUUGCUGCCUCAUCUGCUUCCCGCUGCUCAUCUGCUUGCUACUCGGAGGGGUGCAGAUGAUCGUGGCGAUAGCUUAUUACGCCAGUUCAGCGGCGCACAGGCCACGGAUCGACUGCGGCUACUGCACCGCUAGCACCAACAGCUCCAGCACGGACACGGUAGGAGGUCUCGUUUGCCCAACCGAAUGCCCCCUGCCGAUCGCGCCGAAAUGGCCGCCGGUGCUGCAGCUGCCGCCGGCACCGGACGACAUGGACAUCGGUUCCUCGGCGUCGACCAAUCUCACGGGCGCUUCGAUCAGAAGGUCGAAACCCCCCGCGGCGACGUUCCUUGUCACUGGUACCAACCAGUCAUUUGCAGAAAGUGUCAUGAGUAACAUGUUACCCAAGCAUGGGGAGUUGAAUUCUGCAGCCGACAUCUCCAAUAUUGCUGAUUUCGCACUGGGUACAGAUGCAAUGCGCUUUAUCUCUAAUGGCGCUGAGGAACUCGGUUCUGAUUUUGACCACCGCAACCACCUCUUUUUCCUUCAGAGAAGCUGCACUCCGAACGCGACACUUUCUUUUCUAGUCCAAGAAGGUAGCAGCAAUUUUACCAAAGAUGCGGAAUGUAUUGAAGGAUUAUUUCUCUGGCGAGAGGACUCAUCAGUCAUUAACAGUGAAUCAUAUAGAGUUUAUUACAAAGAGGAUACGCAAGCCAAUCAAAUUGCUUCAGCAUAUGACCUCACAAGCUCAAACCUCAACAAGUUUAACUUGAUUGUCUCAUACAACUCAACAUACAAGGGUGAUACUCAAUUGUCAUUGUCGUUAUCUUCACUUUCAUUUUCACCAAUAUUGCUUCGAGUUCCACGGUUAUUGAAUCUGGUCUCAAAUGCAUACCUUCAAUUGAGGGGCAGUGAUACUAAGAUACAGUUUGAGUUUAUUAAAGACAUGCCUAGAGUUGCUCAACAAGAAUUGCCUAUUGAUAUAUCUUUCUUAGUGGGGAAAUUGGUUUUCGUAUGGAUGAUAAUGCUUCUUUUCCCUGUCAUCCUGAGCAAUUUAGUCUAUGACAAGGAACAGAAGCUAAGAACUAUAAUGAAGAUGCAUGGCCUAGGAGAUAUGGCAUACGGGAUUAUAUCAUACUGCUAUUUUCUUCUUCUAUCGCUACUGUAUAUGCUCUUCUUGGUGUUUUUUGGAUCUCUUUUUGGCAUAAAGUUAUUUAUAUUGAGUGACUACAGGGUACAAUUUGUGGUUUACUUCGCCUACAUAAACUUGCAAAUUUCGUUUGCUUUUCUUAUAGCAACAUACUUUUCAAAAGUCAGAACUGCUAGUGUGACUGGAUAUCUCUUCACAAUUGGGUCUGCCUAUUUAGGAGAAUAUUUAUUCAGGCCUAUUUUUGAAGAUAUGUCCAUGUCAAGAAGUUGGACAACACUUAUGGAGUUCUUCCCACCAUUUUCUUUGUACCGCAUAAUCUACGAGUUCUCUCCACCUCCAUCACCUUUGUAUCGUACAGACUUUUCUGGAAUACACUGGGAAGACUUGAGUGAUCACAAGAAUGGAAUGAUAGACAUUCUCAUCAUAAUGGCAAUCGAGUGGGCCACAUUCCUUUUGUUAACAUUCUUUUUGGAUGAAUUUGGUACUCUCCAAAACGGAAUUAGAAAAAUAGUAUCAGCUUGUCACUCAAGCACAGAUUGGAGCUCUCACACUUGUCAGAUGCAGACUAUUCAGCUUCAAGAAUUCCUAUCCUCAGUUGAAACAGACAUGACUGAUGUAUUGAGAGAGAGAGAAAUAGUUGAACAACUCUUACAAGAAUCGGAUAGCAGUUAUUCAGUAAUAUGCGACAAUCUUAAGAAAGUGUACCAUGGAAAAGAUGGAAAUGCAGAGAAAAUUGCUGUCACAGGGUUAUCACUUUCUAUACAACGUGGGCAGUGUUUUGGAAUUCUUGGUCCAAAUGGUGCAGGAAAAACCUCUCUCAUUAGCAUGCUGACAGGAUUUACUAAACUUACAUCUGGCACGGCUUAUAUUGAUGGAAUGGACAUACGAUUGGACAUGAACAAAAUCUAUACAGGAAUUGGUGUUUGUCCACAAUUUGACUUGCUAUGGGAAACACUGACGGGUCGAGAGCAUUUGAUGUUUUAUGGCAGACUUAAGAAUUUGAGGGGUGGAGCAUUAGAUGUGGCUGUGGAACAUUCUCUGAAAAGUGUAAGGCUAUUUGAUGACGGUGUUGCUGAUAAGCGUGUGGCAAAAUAUAGUGGUGGCAUGAAGCGUCGUCUCAGUGUUGCUAUAUCUCUGAUUGGUGAUCCUAAGGUUGUUUACAUGGACGAACCAAGCUCUGGACUGGACCCAGCGUCAAGGAGAGCACUGUGGAAUGCUGUGAUGUCUGCCAAAGAGAACAGGGCCAUAAUUCUCACAACGCAUUCGAUGGAAGAGGCUGAAGCUCUAUGCGACAGGAUAGGAAUCAUGGUAAACGGGAGUCUUCAGUGCAUUGGAAACUCCAAAGAGCUGAAAGCCAAGUAUGGAGGCACAUAUGUCCUCACCAUAACAACUGCGGCGGGCGAAGAGGAGGUGGUGGAGCAGCUCGUCCGGUCCCUCUGCCCUGCGGCGAACAGAGUGUACCGCAUCUCGGGGACGCAGAAGUUUGAGAUGCCGAAGCAGGGGCUGAGAAUUAGUGAGGUGUUUCAGGCCAUGGAGCAUGCCAAGAGCUGGCUGAACAUCGCUGCCUGGGGCCUAUCUGAUGCAACGCUGGAAGAUACCUUCAUCAAAGUUGCCAGCGAGAGUGACGUAUCCUCCGUGUAG